AUGUCAAAUUCUUCGAAAAAUUCUGAUCAGCCUAUAAUUACUUAUAGUGCUGAUAGUUCAACAAAUACAAAUUCAAAAUGGACAAAUUUUAAAAAUUCUUUCAAACCGGCUCGACCACUGAAUAACGACCUGGCUCUGGAUUUAGAAAAAAACGCCAGUGAUAACUUAUCUUCUGCGUUUAGUCAACUUCAUCAAAAUUUAAUUGGGUUAGCUGGUUGUGUUGGGUCUGGUUUAUUGGUGGUUUCUGGUAAUGCUUUAGCAAAUGGUGGACCCGGUUCAGUCUUGAUUGGUUGGGCUUUGGUUUCAAGUUUCUUAUACUGUACUAUGCAAGCCUUAUCUGAAUUGGCAUCUUGUUAUCCAGUUAGUGGUAGUUUUUUCAAAUACGCUGAUAAAUUCGUUUCCAGACCAGCUUCUUUCGCUAGUGGUUUAAAUUAUUUCUUAUUUUGGUUAGUGGUUUUACCUUUGGAAUUGGUGGCUGCUUCUUUAUGUAUCCAAUUUUGGAAUAGUGAAAUUAAUACCGUGGCUUGGGUGGCUAUCUUUUAUGUUCUUAUUGUUGGUACUAAUAUCUUUGGUGGUACUGCUGCUUUUGCUAAUACUGAAUUGGUAGCUGCCAUCAUUAAAUUAUUAGGGGUUAUUGGUUUUGAUAUCUUAGCAAUCAUCUUGAUUUGUGGUGGUGCUGGUGAAGAAGGUUAUAUUGGUCCUAAAUAUUGGCAUAAUCCUGGGGCUUUUAAUCAUGGGUUUAAAGGUUUUACUACCGUCUUAAUUUCGGCUACUUAUUCUUUGGCUGGUACAGAAUUAGUAGGUUUAACCGUUUGUGAAUCUUCAAACAAUCCAAGAAUCGCCUUACCAAGAGCUAUUAAACAAGUUUUCUAUAGAAUUAUUGUUUUUUACAUGUUCACUUUAACCUUAAUUGGUUUCUUGGUUCCUUCAAAUUCAGAUAAAUUAGGUGGUUCUUCAAGUGAUGCCACCGCUUCCCCAUUCGUCAUUGCUAUUAAUAACGGUGGUAUCAAAGUUUUACCUUCAAUCUUUAACGUGGUGGUUAUCAUCUCUUUAUUAUCCAUUGGUAAUAGUGCAGUUUAUGGUUUUUCAAGAACUGCUUUAUCCUUGGCUGAAUCAAAAUUGUUACCUUCCUUCUUUGCUUACGUCGAUCAAGCUGGUAGACCUUUAGGUGGUAUCAUUUUCGCUGCCGUAUUUGGUUUACUUUCCUUUGUUAGUGCUUCUCCAAAACAAGCCGAAGUUUUCGCUUGGUUAGUGGCUUUAUCAGCUUUAUCAACUUUAUUCACUUGGGCUUCUUGUACCACAUCCCAUAUCAGAUUUAGAUUAGCCAUUCAAAAACAAAAUAGAUCUCUUUUAGAAGUUCCUUACUUAUCAAAAACUGGUAUUUGGGGAUCGGUUUAUGCCACCAUCUGUUUGGUUGUGGUUUUAUGUUUACAAUUUUGGAUCUCAUUAUUCCCAUUGGGUGCUAAACCAAACGCUGGUGAGUUUUUCAAAAAUUAUUUGGGUGCAGUCAUUUGGUUAGCUUGUUAUUUAGGUUAUAUGGUUUAUGCAAGAGACUGGAUUUUAUUAAUUCCUUUAGAUGAAAUUGAUUUAGAUUCUGAUCGUGCUGAAACUGAUGCAGAUAAAUUACAACAAGAAUUACAUGAAGAAAUGGAAGUUUUAAAAUUAAGACCUUGGUAUAUAAGGGUUUAUUAUUACUUAUUUUAA